AUGUCACUUUUUCAGGCUCCAGAUCCAAAACCUCCAGGUCGCAAACGCGGCCGCCCUCCAAACGCGACAAAGCCGACCACGAGCGCGUCGCAGGAUCGUCCCGACGAGUACGAAGCCGACGUCGAGGAAGCUGCGCGUCCAAAGCAGCGAGGACGACCUAAGAAGAGCGCCGAUACCGUCGAACAGUCGCCGCCACAGGAGGAGGCUCCUAAAAGGAAGCGCGGUCGGCCGUCUCUAGACUCAAAAGAUGGCGACGCGACGGCAGAAGCGCAACCCAAGCGCAAACGCGGUCGGCCUUCGCUCGAGAAACAACGGGAUGAGGAGGAUGUGGUAGAGGACGCGCUGAAACCGAAACGAGGGAGGCGUUCGAAGCCCACUGAGGAACAGCAGGAGGAGCAGCCAGAUGAGGAUGAGGCUGUAGAGAACGCAGAGAAGACAAAGCGACGCAGGGGCGCAAAACCCACCGAGGAGGAACAACAGAACGAGGAAGAAGUGGUAGAGAAUGCUGGGAAGAAGAAACGAGGCAAGCGCGCGAAACCUACCGAGGAAGAGCAGCAACAAGACGAAGACGAAGCUACCGAAGGCACAAAGAAGCAGAAGCGAAAGGCGCGCGCAAAGGCGACAGAGGACGAACAGCCCGAGGAGGAACAACAACAACCACGCAAGCGAGGCCGCAAGGCAGCUCAGCAACAAGAGCCAGAACCCGAAGAAGCAGAACCCGCGCCCAAGAAGAGACGUCGACGCGAAGCGCCUGCUGAAGAGGAACCCGAGGAAGAGCAGACUGUUCGACGAGGUCCGCGAAACUCUUUACGCGACCUUGGUGCUGACAGUGUUCAUAACAAGGGCGCCGAGGGAACCAAGUCGAAGAAGAAGAAGGGUCGAGCAUCAGGUACACGAGAAGAGGAAGCGGAGAAUCAUCAAGAUGAAGCACAACCAAAGAAACGCGGUCGACGGAAGGGAUCGAGGCCAUCAGCAGAAAAUGCAGAAGCCGCCAAGGAACAGGAGCAACAAGAUAACGGCAACAAACGUCGUCGUCGUACUAGCAAAGAAGCCGCCUCCUCUUCAGAUGAAGAACUUCCAUCACCGCCAAAGCCAUAUCCUCACAUCGCCCCCUACACCCGCACCAUCAAAUCCUCAACCAUCGCCGCAAAAUGGACACCUCUCACAGGCGCAUCCCUUCCCGCCGCCUCAUCCAUCCUCACCCUCGCCCACCAACCCAUCCUCCAACGCACAUCAUCAACCCGAAAUCGCAGAACCCACGCCUCAGCAGCCCUCCACCUCGUCUCGCGUCGCAUAGAGCGCAAGCUCGCCCGUGGUCUCCCCUUCCCACCCGCCUCUUCAUCCGGCGGCGCACGCAUAGGGAGACGAAGAGGAGCAGACGCUGAUGGUGGACGUGCCCUCGAGCUGGACUUUGAAGCCGUACUAGACGGGAAGACAGCGUUGGAGAGACAGCUCGUGCCGGCAAAGCAUGCGGUUGAGCUGCUCCGGGCUGAAAAGGCUAGGAUGGAGCAAGAGUUGGAGGAUGACUAUGAAAAAUUGCGCAAGCUGGAAGCCGACGCGAGGGCGCAGACGAGAGAGCGAAAGGAUUUAUAUCGCAAAGCUCAUGUGUUGGCGCCUACAUCGCAACCUCUACCGAAAGACCCAGACAACACCAUCACAACAGAUGACCAGUCUAAUAUAAUACAGCAUCUCAUCGAUACACCUCUUGAACCGCUGGCUCUUCAACUUGCCGGUCAUGUUGAGAGCAUACGCGGUAACCUCCAGCAGGCUGAUGGAGUUGCACCUCAGCUCGCACGCACAAAGGCAGCUUUGCAAGAUGUGUUGCAUCGGUACUUGGACAGUGGAGCUUACGAGCAGGUCCUUUUGGGAUAG